AUGCCGGGCGCCGUGCGUCCCCCGUCCGCUUCUUUUCGUGGUCCACUAAACAGAUCGAGUUCUGGGAAAAAUGAGGAAAAGAAAGGGAAUAAGGGAAAUGGGAAAAAUGAAUCUGUUUCUGAAGGUGGAAAGACAGCUGUGGUGUUUUCCCUGAAGAAUGAAGUUGGUGGAUUGGUGAAAGCUCUCCGACUCUUCCAGGAAAAACAUGUGAGUAUGGUUCAUAUUGAAUCACGAAAAUCAAAGAGAAGGAAUUCGGAGGUGGAAAUUUUUGUGGACUGUGACUGCAGUAAGAAAGAAUUUAAUGAACUAAUCCAAUUGCUCAAGUUUCAAACUAAUAUCGUAUCUCUCAAUCCACCAGAAAACAUCUGGACUGACGAAGAAGAUCUCGACUGUGUCCCUUGGUUCCCCAGGAAGAUAUCUGAAUUGGACAAAUGUUCCCAGAGAGUUUUGAUGUAUGGAUCUGAGCUGGAUGCAGAUCACCCUGGAUUUAAAGACAAUGUCUAUCGACAGAGAAGAAAGUACUUUGUGGAUCUUGCCAUGAGCUAUAAAUAUGGUCAACCCAUUCCUAGAGUGGAGUACACAGCUGAAGAAGUUAAAACGUGGGGGGUGGUAUUUAGGGAACUCAGUAAACUCUAUCCCACCCAUGCCUGUCGUGAAUAUUUAAAAAACUUUCCUCUGCUGACCAAGUACUGUGGAUACAGAGAGGAUAAUGUGCCUCAGUUGGAAGAUGUUUCUAUUUUUCUUAAAGAAAGGUCUGGCUUCACAGUGAGACCAGUUGCUGGAUACCUGUCUCCCCGGGAUUUUUUAGCUGGCUUAGCAUAUAGAGUUUUUCACUGUACUCAGUAUAUACGACAUGGCUCGGAUCCUCUCUACACACCGGAACCGGAUACGUGCCAUGAACUCUUGGGACAUGUGCCUCUACUUGCUGAUCCCAAGUUUGCACAGUUUUCACAAGAGAUAGGACUUGCUUCACUGGGAGCAUCCGAUGAAGAUGUUCAGAAAUUAGCCACUUGCUAUUUUUUUACGAUUGAAUUUGGCCUUUGCAAGCAAGAAGGACAACUACGCGCUUAUGGGGCAGGACUUCUGUCUUCUAUUGGAGAAUUAAAGCAUGCUCUCUCUGACAAGGCCAAUGUGAAAGCAUUCGAUCCAAAGACAACCUGUUUGCAAGAAUGCCUUAUCACUACUUUCCAGGAGGCUUACUUUGUUUCAGAAAGUUUUGAAGAAGCCAAAGAAAAGAUGAGGGACUUUGCCAAAUCAAUCAAUCGUCCCUUCUCUGUGUAUUUCAAUCCAUAUACGCAAAGCGUUGAGAUUCUGAAGGAUACCAGGAGUAUAGAAAAUGUUGUCCAAGACCUCCGCAGCGAUCUGAACACUGUAUGUGAUGCUUUAAGCAAAAUGAACAGAUAUUUAGGGAUUUGAUAUGUCUGGCACUGUGAUUUACUCUCAGUUGCUCUUUCUGUAGCCAGUUACAUCACAUGAGAUGGCUAACUUCUCUUACCCAUCAGUUUUCCCUCUACAGCUCGGCCUGUGUCUUGCAUUGUUGUGUACCUCUGUCUAGAUGUAAUGUGCAGACAAACCAAGGCAAUGCUAAUUUGUAAAUGCAACACGGAAUGUGGCAGAAUAUAAUCAUCAGUUCCUCAACACGAUGCCAUGUACAAGUAUACCAUUAAAAAUUUGACUGGCAAUGGUUUCGUUUCCGUAAGAUGAUUCACUUCAAUGUUUAAGAAAUGAUGUUGUUGAUUUCAUUAAGUCUAUUUCUUUAUAAUUCCUUUCCUUCCAUAAGAAUCCAGAAAAAAUUAUUUGUGACACUUUUGUUUUCUUUGUAAGAGAAUCUGUAUUUCUUUCUAUGGUGGUAAAGACACUGUUUUGUCCAUAUAUCUGUAACAGAACUGAGUGUCUCUUGUGACUGAACAAUACAAUUUGUGUACCAGUGCUGAGAUCAGGAAGGCUGUGUAUUGGUACUAAAAGGUCUCGGAGAUUACACGUUAUGAGAACUCUCAACUGACAAAAGUUCAGUGUGGCUGAGUAAUUGCAACACAAUAAAAAAGAAACCUCUGACAA